CACGCCAGCACGUCGUCCAGCCCGUCCUCGUUCGUAUCGCCUCGUGCGCCCGCCACCGUCCCUGGCGCCCUCUUCAUAUUCACUUGCGCGGUGCCCCGGCUGCCCGUCGCGCCAACCCUACUGUGUGUACAAUUCGAAAUCGAAAAAAAAAGAGAAAAAGACCCCGAAUCGGCGGCGGCCGGCCAACGAGCCUCCUCGAAGCCCGCCCCCAUGCUGCGCUGCCCCACGCAACCGCAAUGCGGCCGCGCGCCGCUCCGCCACCACGGAAGGCGGGAGUCGCCUCCGUCCGCGGCGCCCGGGGUGGUGGUGCGGUGCGCGCGGGGUGCGCCGCAGGUGUCUAGGAUCGAGGCGGCGUCUCCGGUGGCUGCCACCACGGCGGCGGCGGCGGCUAAAGCGGAAAGGGGUGACGCGCGGCCCAGCCUGGCGGAGCGGCUGCGGCUGGGGAGCCUCCUGGAGGACGGGCUCUCGUACAAGGAGAUCUUCAUCGUGCGCUCCUACGAGGUGGGCAUCAACAAGACGGCCACCGUCGAGACGAUCGCCAAUCUCCUCCAGGAGGUAGGAUGCAGCCAUGCACAAAGUCUUGGGUUCUCCACAGAUGGCUUCGCCACAACCACUUCAAUGAGAAAACUCGGACUUAUUUGGGUGACGAACCGAAUGCACAUUGAGAUCUACAAGUACCCAGCUUGGGGUGAUGUUGUUGAGAUUGAAACAUGGUGCCAAGCAGAUGGAAGAAUGGGUACUCGUCGUGAUUGGAUCCUCAAGGACCUGGCUAAUGGUGAAGUUAUUGGCAGAGCUACCAGGCGAGUUUUUUUUUUGAUAAGUCGACGGGGGGAGAGGGUCCCCCACCUGGAUUUUCAUUCACUGUGGCUCUUGAAGCCUGAUAGCCUAGCUUUCCACAGGGCUGCCUCAGAUUUACAUGACGACAAGGUUGCCACCAGGCUGGAUCGCUCAUCCCUGAAUACUGCGUUGUUUCUCCGCUUCCAUAUGUUCCAACAGCAUAGCAUCAAGAACAUCCCAAAGUGCUUUUGUGGCAAAUGCAUGGGCCUCACAAUCUCCUGCAGUUUUUGGAUUGGCCAAUUUUGCUGUGUGCGUAUUUGGAUCGCCUCCCAGAACUGGCGCGCAGCAGGACAAGCAAAAAUGAUGUGUUCUGGUGACUCCUCGACUUGCUGGCAGAUAUCACAAACAUUGUUGUCGACAAUUCUUUUCUUGAUCAAAUUUGUUUUGCACUGAAUUCUACCCUUUGACAACAGCCAUGUGAAGAAUUGAACCCUUGGAGGCGCCUUGUUCUUCCAAACAAAAUUCGCCCAUGGAUCCUCACUAGAGCUCGCUGACUUUAGUGUGACAUAAAUCAUAGAGGAAUCGAGGUCCCCAUUUCCUUUGCAUAGCAUGCUUUGUCGCCGAUCCUUGUGAUUGCUCGGCUGCUGCUGUUGUAACAGCUCAAGGGCCUGCGAGAGCUGCUGCAGAGCUGCUUCUGAUUGCCUGGGCGUCAAACUUCCCGGGAUAGCCCCUUGAAGUGCUUGGAGUACUGUCAUUUCCUUGCUUUGGCAGUGACUAUAUAGCUCAGGGAAUCUGUCCGCCAAGGGAUCAACCCCUUGUUAGGCGAGUGAUGUUGGCCUUCAGGUGAUCGGUGUAAAUUGUAAACUUCUGUGAAUUUUAUCAUACUUGUUCCUCUGGGUUGCACUUACCA